AUGUUAUUGUCAAGUGAAUCUUGGACUAAAAUAUUCAUCUUGUGCAAUUGUAGUUUUAUAGUGUUCGGUGUUGUUCUGUUAGCACUCGGAAUUCAACCACAAAUCACUUUAAAUCAAUUCAGAACUAUACUACAAAAUGCGAAACCAGAGAUCUUCCUGGUUGUCAGUAUUUCAGGUGGUCUCGGUAUACUAGGAUCAUUUGUUGGCAUUUAUGGACACUCGAUGAAACAGAAAAUGAUCAUAUAUUUGAACAUUUUCGUUUUGCUUAUCGUGACUUGUAUGUGGAUCGGAAUGGCAUCAAAAGUAGCUUUAACGGAAGACAGGUUCCUUAAUUUAGUUAAUAGCUCACUGAGUUCUACUGUUAAAGAAUAUGAGAAACGUGUUGAUUAUCGAAUGGAGUUUGACGAAUUACAAAAGAGUUUUUACUGCUGUGGAGCAAAUUCGGAAAAUGAUUAUCGACAUCCACAACAUACUAGGUCAGUACUAACACCUGCUUCAUGUAAAUACGACAGAUUCGCAUAUCCUAAAGGAUGUGUAUCAGCGAUCAUUGAAUAUACACAAACUUAUCUAAAUCUAAUCAUGUAUCUAUGUUUCACAUUCGGGAUUAUUCAAGCGGUCUACUUGUUAUUGUCAUUUCUGAGAAUACGUAAAUUUGAUGGUGACGAUUUUCUAUCUGCAUAA